AAUGCUCCAGGGCGGCAACUCGGAAGUUAACCUCACCUCGAUCCACGAAAACCACAAUCUCCGGAUCCCGGCCAAUUGGCAUCCCAUACCUCUGCUCUGCCGAGCAGAGAACACUUGCCAUGCUGUCACGUACUGCGGUGCCGACCAAGGCGUCGGCGAGGACAAUUUCGAGCGCCGUUUCCAGCGCGACAUCGCCGCAAUGUCGCUCGUUCGCUACGGUCCAGGACGCCCCGAAGCGCACCUACGGCGGACUACGGGACCAAGACCGCAUCUUCCAGAACCUCUACGGCCGCUAUCCGCCCGACCUCAAGCACGCUAAGAAGAUGGGCGACUGGCACAAGACCAAGGAGAUCAUUCUCAAGGGGCACGACUGGAUCAUCGGCGAGAUCAAGGCGUCCGGCCUGCGCGGGCGUGGUGGAGCUGGCUUUCCCUCGGGGCUGAAAUGGUCGUUCAUGAACUUCAAGGACUGGGACAAGGACAACAAGCCGAGAUACCUGGUGGUCAACGCCGACGAAGGUGAGCCAGGCACCUGCAAGGACCGCGAGAUCAUGCGCAAGGACCCCCACAAGCUGGUCGAGGGUUGUUUGGUUGCCGGGCGUGCCAUGAAUGCCACGGCCGCCUACAUCUACAUCCGUGGCGAGUUCAUCCAGGAGGCCGCCGUCCUACAAAACGCGAUCAAUGAGGCCUAUGCCGAGGGUCUGAUCGGCAAGAACGCCUGCGGUUCCGGCUACGACUUUGACGUCUACAUUCACCGCGGUGCCGGUGCCUACGUCUGUGGUGAGGAGACCAGCUUGAUUGAGUCCCUCGAGGGCAAGCCCGGCAAGCCCCGCCUCAAGCCGCCCUUCCCCGCCGCCGUCGGCCUGUUUGGCUGCCCGUCGACCGUCGCCAACGUUGAGACUGUCGCCGUAGCACCCACCAUCUGCCGUCGCGGUGGCAGCUGGUUCGCAGGCUUCGGCCGCGAGCGCAACCAGGGCACCAAACUCUACUCCAUCAGCGGUCACGUCAACAACCCGUGCACGGUCGAGGAGGAGAUGAGCAUUCCUCUGCGCGAGCUGAUCGAAAAGCACUGCGGUGGUGUGCGCGGCGGGUGGGACAACCUCCUCGCCGUCAUCCCGGGCGGCUCGUCGACGCCGAUUCUGCCCAAGCACAUCUGCGACGACCAAUUGAUGGACUUCGACGCGCUCAAGGACAGCCAGUCAGGGAUGGGCACCGCGGCCGUCAUCGUCAUGGACAAAAGCACCGAUGUGGUGCGCGCCAUCUCCCGCCUCAGCCACUUCUACCGCCACGAGUCCUGCGGCCAGUGCACCCCCUGCCGCGAGGGCAGCAAGUGGACAGAGCAGAUCAUGCAGCGCUUCGAGAAGGGCAUGGGCCGCGAGCGCGAGAUCGAUAUGCUGCAGGAGCUGACCAAGCAGGUCGAAGGCCACACAAUUUGCGCUCUUGGUGAAGCCUUCGCAUGGCCCAUUCAGGGUCUGAUCCGCCACUUCCGGCCGGAGCUGGAGGCGCGCAUGCAGAAAUUCGCCCAGGAGAACGGUGGUGCGGCUUUGGCUGGCGGUUGGGAUCACAAUGCGAGGGAGCAGGGCACGCUCGUCUCCCCUGGCAUGUAAAGGAACUGGAUGACUGCGCGCAUAGAAGGGAGCGGACAAUGUGUUGAUUCCUGUACAUUCUACUACAUACGCACAGUUUGCCGUGGAGUACCCGUGGGUUGUACUGUACUUGGUCCCUUGCUACAGUUCCAACAGGCUCUGGGCAUCGAAGAAAAUGACUUGGCAUGGUAGCAGGACUGCGCCAGCCCCAAUAUUUCCCGACUGAAGUGUGAUAACCUUAGGUCCCUCUUCGUGAAGGAGAUCUAGAGCAUCCGCGAUAUCCGAGUCUCCUACCGUAACACUAACCCCGUAGGGUGAUUCAAGGGUCAUGAUGGAACUGGGAUCCGAUACCCGACGGCGGUGUCACCCCCCCGCAGCUCCCACGUCGA